CUGCUGCCGUGUUCCAGGAGGAUUUCUCGCACACACACUGAAGGAGGGGUUUUUACUUUAACUGUCAACACAGCAGUGUUUGCAGACAUUCAGUUCUUUCUGACUGCAUUCCUAGCUUUCGGUCCAGGACAGUCUGAACAUGUUCUACACUUGCGGUCCCAACGAGGCCAUGGUAGUCUCAGGCUGUUGCCGUUCUCCUCCACUUAUGGUUGCGGGCGGACGAGUGUUCGUCUUCCCUUGCAUUCAGCAGAUUCAGAGGAUAUCUUUGAAUACUCUGACUCUUAACGUAAAGAGCGAUAAGGUCUACACCAGGCAUGGUGUCCCCAUCUCGGUGACUGGCAUUGCACAGGUGAAAAUCCAGGGCCAGAAUAAGGAGAUGUUGGCUGCAGCCUGCCAGAUGUUCUUGGGGAAAUCGGAGAUUGAGAUUUCCCAGAUCGCCCUGGAGACACUGGAAGGCCAUCAGAGAGCCAUUAUUGCUCACCUGACUGUGGAGGAGAUCUAUCAGGACCGUAAGAAGUUUUCAGAGCAAGUGUUCAAGGUGGCUUCUUCUGAUUUGGUCAACAUGGGCAUCGGUGUGGUCAGCUACACGCUUAAAGACGUUCAUGAUGACCAGGACUACCUGAACUCUCUGGGUAAAGCUCGCACAGCCCAGGUGCAGAGAGACGCCCGCAUCGGAGAGGCUCAGUACAAGAGAGAUGCAGUGAUCCGGGAAGCCCAUGCCAUGCAGGAGAAGGUUUCUGCACAGUACAAGAACGAGAUUGAGAUGGCGAAGGCUCAGAGAGACUACGAGCUGAAAAAGGCCGUCUACGAUAUGGAGGUUAACACUAAGAAAGCAGAGUCUGAGAUGGCCUAUCAGCUUCAGGUGGCCAAGACAAAGCAGAGGAUUGAGGAGGAGAAGAUGCAGGUGCAGGUGGUGGAGCGCACUCAGCAGAUCAUGCUGCAGGAGCAGGAGAUCACCCGCAAGGAGAUGGAGCUGGAGGCCAAGGUCAGGAAGCCAGCCGAGGCGGAGAAAUACAAGCUGGAGAAACUCGCCGAAGCUGAAAGGCUGCAGUUGAUCAUGGAGGCUGAAGCCGAGGCCGAAUCUAUCAGAAUGAAGGGUGAGGCAGAGGCUUUUGCCCUGGAGGCGAAGGGCCGCGCUGAGGCUGAGCAGAUGGUCAAGAAGGCUGAGGCUUUCAAACAGUACAAGGAAGGAGCCAUGGUGGACAUGCUGCUGGAGAAACUGCCCCUGAUGGCAGAAGAGAUCAGCAAGCCGCUCUCAGAAACCCAGAAAGUCACCAUGGUGUCCAGUGGAGGAUCAGAGGUAGGAGCAGCCAAGCUGACGGGAGAGGUCCUGGACAUCAUGAUCCGCCUGCCUCAGACUGUGGAGAAACUGACUGGAGUCAGCAUCUCUCAGCAGGCUUCCUCCACCCGCAUGGGCUAAACGGGAACCUGGAAAAGUGGCGCGGAAGCUGUUCACUAAUGGAUCCUGAGAUCACCCGUCGUCCUGUUUCUGCGUACACUUGCAUGUUCUAAAUGUUCUCGCUCCUGAAGCCUUACGAUAGCUAUAGACAUGAUGAUUUCGUGAGGGAUUUAUUCCACUUGAUCCAUUUUAUGUCCGUUUUUAUGUGUCAGCACGUGACAUUUUGUUUUGUAUGGAACAUUUUCUCCUCCGAGUUUUUCAGGUAAUUACUGUCAGUCGUGUAAGAGAGCGCACCAUUCCUGCUUUAAGUUUGAAGUCUGUGUCGAUGUAGAAUAAGCACGAAUAGUUACGAAAUCCCAAAGUGCAUUUAACCAGUGUAAUCCUCACGUACUAACCGGCUGUUGUCUGUGUACAUGUACUGCUAACGGCUUUCCUGUACAAACCUCAGUACUGGUUUAAAUAGUGUUUCGUGACCACCUCUAAGCAUAUUGGUAGCCAAAGUUUAGCCAUUUGGAUUGAUGUAAGAGAUGCAUGUGAAAAAAAAACAAAACGCACUGCUCACAAUUAAGUCACAGCUGUGAGGUUUUUUUUUUUUUCACUAAAGGGAAAAUUAUUUAAAAAAAAAAGUAUUGAGGUUUGUACAGCGUGACGUGCUAAAACCAACGUGCUCUCUUAUCCUGCUUUUACACUGCCCUCCUUUACUCUGUUACCGUCUUACUGUUCCUGUUUACUAGGAAGUGAAUGUUUUGUCCUUGCAUUUAAUGAGUGAAAGCAACUGAACGAGAGAUCUGCUGGAAAGGCGUGUAACGGAGGAGAGAAACGAAGGAGGAUGAAGUCGGCCACAUCUGUGUCAAGUCUGUUAAAUGUAGGUCAAAUACUGAGAGGGAAACUUUACUCAUUCAACCUUAACCUCCAAAACAUUUAGUUGGUAUAGAGAGAGAGAGAGAGAGAGAGAGAGAGAGGGGGGGGGGGAGUGAGAAAGAGGGGGGUGUAAAGGAUGCACGAUUUCUCUCUUCAGUCCGAGUGCUAGCUAUUAAUGCCAGAUUCAUCUGCAGUGUCUGCCUUCAGUUAUCACCAAGUGCCUAAAUAUCCUACGGAUUUUGUUCAUGCGUCGAUUCAAUCUAACGUCUGUAUAGCAUGCAUGCGUUUCAGAUCACGUGUAUAGAAAUAUAUUUUGCCCUUUUAUCGCAAUACUGCCAUGCUCUCACCUUGUAGCAUUUGUGUCAAAUGAUUCCUGCGUUACCCGAUCCCAUACUAAUCUCUCUUAUGACAUUAUCUCUGCACUGUGUUGUGGAAUGCAAGACAAUAUAUAGGAAACUCGAUAUGUUCAAAUUAUUUCAAAAUAAAUUAAAUUCCCUAA